CAAGCGAGGACCUCCAUUGAAUUUUUUGAAAAAAGAAAUAUUUCAAUAAAAAAAUUAAAAUUGUUAAAUUAUGGCCAAUAAAGAAGUAUUUGCUGAAGAUCAGCAUGGACAGAAGAUUGAUCGCUGCUUUUCAGAUGCAUUCAUUAAACUUGGUGUGGGAGCAUCACUCGGUAUUGUAGGCAGCUUAAUAUUCUUUAAAAGAAGGAUGUGGCCAAUUUAUGGAGGUUCCUUCUUUGGUCUUGGAGCGGCUUACCAAAAUUGUCAGAAGUCAUUAAACAGCUCAUAAGACAACCUGUUCAACAUGCUUAAUAACUUUAUAAAUUAAUGAAAUAUUAGUGUGGAAAUAAAAAAGAAACGUUUUAGUUUAUAAU